CGGGCACGGUGGGCUCCGCCGGGGAGGAGGAAGCGGAGCGGGUCCGGAGUGCGCCCGGGACGGGCGGGACUGAGCGGCGCGUGCUGCGCCGACCCUCUUUCCCCAUCCCAUCGGUGGGUCCUGGGCGAGGAUGCUGGUGCCCGGUGUGAGCUGGAAGUCACUUUCUGGUCUCUUUCGCGCUGGUGCCCGUAGUGUGUAGGAGCGCAGAAAUCCGAGCGGUUGGCUGCGGGCGUGGAUGGGCAGGGAGCGACAGACAGUUACUGCCGUCGCUUGGAUGCCAAAGGCUUUGACUUCACUCAGUCCUGACCGCAGCCUUGCAAAGAGGCACGGCUACUCCUGUUUUACUAGUGGAGAAGCGAUGCUAGGAUAGUAAAUGACUCACCCUGGGGCAAACGAUUGAAAAGAGAGGCGCUCACGUGCCCCCCCCCCAAGCACUUUCCCUUCCUGCUUUCCCUCUUCUCCCACCGGUCUAGGAAACUCGCCGCAGGGGCUGUUACCAAAACAGAGCUUUCUCUUGAUGCAGAAUAAAACACAGGCACCCUUGCGGGUUACGCUUCCUUCCCCAUCUUCCGGAGUGGAUGAGAUCCCUGCAGAUCCCGGCGGGCCAGUCCGGUCGCCCGGGGGAGAUUUAUUAAAAAGCCUCAUGGAACAUAUCACCAUUGCUGAAUGCCUGGCACAUACAAGACACCUGACAGCACGAGAGUUACUCCGAAUGGGCACAGGAUGUCACCUGGAAUCCAAGCACUAAAUGAUCGGGACUUUCCUUAAUUCUAAAUGUGCUGUUCUUCAUUCCAAGAUGCCUUUGCACUUCUGAUAAAUGCAAACUGACAACCGUCCAGGCCACGGCGGAGGGAAAAUCUCAUUGGUCCUAGAAGCCUAGAAGACGUCCCUUAACAAAGGAAAGUCUCUGAUUGUUGUUUGAAAUGCUGAAGAAGCUGCUACGGAGAAGACUUUUUUCUUAUCCCACUAAAUGCUGCUUUGUGGUUCUUGUUUUUUCCCUAGUCACCUUCUCUGUUGUAAGGAUUCAUCAAAAGCCCGAAUUUGUAAGCAUCAGACACUUGCAGCUGGUCGGAGAGAGUCCUAGCAGUAACAUUAAUUGCACCAAAGUUUUACAGGGUGACGUGGAUGAAAUCCAAAAGGUAAAGCUUGAGAUGCUCACGGUAAAAUUCAGAAAGCGCACUCGGUGGACACCUCAGGACUACAUAAACAUGACCAGCGACUGCACUUCUUUCAUCAAGAGGCGCAAAUAUAUUAUGGAACCCCUUAGCAAAGAAGAGGAGCAGUUUCCAAUAGCAUAUUCCUUAGUGGUUCACCACAAAAUUGAAAUGCUGGACAGGCUCCUGAGGGCCAUCUAUAUGCCUCAGAACUUCUACUGCAUUCACGUGGACAGAAAAUCAGAGGAGUCCUUCUUAGCCGCGGUGAAGGGCAUCGCGUCCUGUUUCAGUAACGUCUUCGUGGCCAGUCAGUUGGAGAGUGUGGUUUACGCGUCGUGGAGUCGCGUUCAGGCCGACCUCAACUGCAUGAAGGACCUGUACGGAAUGAGCGCACGCUGGAAGUACUUGAUAAAUCUGUGCGGCAUGGAUUUUCCUAUUAAAACCAACCUAGAAAUUGUGAGGAAGCUCAAGUCGUUCAUGGGGAAAAUACCUUGAACCGAGAAGAUGCCCUCCCAUAAAGAAGAAAGGUGGAAAGCAGUAUGCAGUUGUUAAUGGAAGCUGACCAACACGGGGACUGUCAAAUGCGUUCCGCUUGAAACUCCUCUUUUUUCAGGCAGUGCCUAUUUUGUGGUCAGCAGGAGUAUGUGGGGUAUGUGCUAGAGAAUGAAAAAUCCAAAAGUUCAUGCAGUGGCGCGAGAUACGUACAGCCCAGAUGAGUAUCUCUCCACUAUCCAAAGGAUCCCUGAGGUCCCUGGCUCUCUCUCCCUGAGCCAUAAGUACGACUUGUCUGACAUGCAGGCGGUUGCCAGGUUUGAGUGGCAGUACUACGAGGUGACAUGUUAGGGCGCUCCCUACCCCUGCAACGGCAUCCACGUGCGCUCGGUGUGAUUUUGAGCCGGAGACUUGAACUGGAUGCUGCGCAAGCACCACUUGUUUGCCAAUAAGUUUGACGUGGACGUCGACCACUGCAUCCAGUGUCUGGAUGAGCAUCUGAGGCAUAAAGCUUUGGGAGACAUUAAGACACUGACCCCUGUGGCAAUUUAG